AGAUUGAGAAUAAAAACCGACUUCGAGAAGGAAGCGCAGGAGUAAAACGACCCUCUCCUUGCCAAGCGAGGUCAUGGCAAAAUUUCUUACGGCUAAAAACAUCCCUCAAUUAAUAUACAGCUAUGCAGAUAAUGAAAUUCCAGCAGAAACGUAUUUGGCGGCUAUUUUUAGUGCUACUUCCAGGGACAAAUAGAAUAGUCGAUGGCAUUCCGUACUGACUGUGUAGCUGAAAGGUCUGGAUGUGCGUUAUGUGCAAAAAGGAACUUGGUUUGUCUUCAUUCGUGCAGGGAGGUUUCUCUCUGCUUGCUGAUCCUGCAAACACAUCUUCAUGGCAUUAUGCUGCUGAUGUGUACUGUAGUGACAUUAAAAUUAUACGUUCCCACGACGGCGGACAGUCGAGCGGAAGAUCAUGGGAUAAAACUGUAACGUAGCGUAGCGUAUACUAUAUAUAUAUGAUACGAUAUAUUAACGCUAACAUUUUUUAGCAUGAUAAUACUGCCGAGGAACAAACAUGGGGGAGUGUCGUCCAGCCGUUUCCACGCUUGGUUGUGUCUGAUUCAAAGCAGAGAACUUUUUCUCCUUUGUGGAAUUUAAAUUUCAUUGCCCGAGAGUUCAUUUGUUCAUGAUGGCGAGCAGGAGAGGAGGAAUGCGAGCCCCUCACUCCUUAACCCGUUCACCGCCGGGCUUGAUCAAAUGAAUCCUGGCGCUGGGGGAAAAAACCGAGGAGACCAAGGAUACAGCCCAUCGGACUUUACGGAAACGCGGAAUGCGAAUACAUGUGGAAUGGGGCUUCAGGGGCACUGUAGACAGUGAAGUGACGUCACUGUAGUACGCUAAAACACGUAAGAGCGAGAACAAACGAGUCUGCUGUGCAGUGGCACGUGGGAAGCGGGAUACUACAGCUGAGCAGUGAGCCGGGGAUAUCUUGUACUUUGUGGCUUGGUCCACUCUUCAGCCUCUCUCAGGUUACCAAGUUUGAUCGACCCGAUUUUUUUCUGAGAAGAUGCCUCCAAAAAAAAGACGCAACCUCAUUGUCAAUGCACAUGCCCAACCGGGUGUGGGAAGACGGCACCUGAACGAGAAUUUUUCAACACUUCCUGCUACCAGCACUGAGUUGAAAAAGGGACAUGUAUUACACCUGUACGUCUGUGCAGCGGGAAGUAAUAGAGCUGAGACAGCGAGACAAUUAAAAACACAUUUUUCACCUGAGGGCUUUUCUUUCAGGAAGUCCCUGAGUUCUGAUAUAAGAAUGGUUGUGACAGCAACAUUGAAUAAGUAUAAACAACUCACUGACCCAAAAGAAUUUGAACAGUUUUCAGCAAUAUGUGAUGAACCGUUUGACCUCACUGAGGCAGUUGAUCCUGAGUUCACAGUUCCUGUUGCACAGUUGCCAGUUCCUCAAGUUCCUGUUGUUUCACCUGGAAUUUUUGAUGAGAAAUUAACUGUUGAACAAACAGAUUCCGACACAAUGACCAGAACUCCAGACAGUCACCUUCAAGUUCAUUCUGAGCCAGGGUCCUCUGCCGGUUCAAGGAGUCUUCGAGGUGACCCGCUCACUCCUCAAGAAGCUAAGAUGAAACAACGAUCGGAUUUUAUGUUGUCAACCCACAGAGGAGUGAAAAAGAGAUACCAAGAAAAAGUGAGAGAAUUGAGGAGGCAGCUUCAGACCCCAAGAAAGUGCAUAAACCAAGGCAUUCAGAGGCAAAAGAAUAGAGUUGAGACAAGAAAAGAAGAGAUUAAAAAGCUAAAGGGUAUGUUGUAUAGGAAUGUCCUCUACCGUGAAUUACAGAAAGAAAGAAAUCGCAACAAAACACUGAAGGAUACGCACAGGAAACUUCUUAAAAGAAGAAAAAGCACCGAGACUGUUUCUGUGGCAGAAUAUAAUGAAGUCGUAAUAAAGGUGAAGGAGAAGGACAGUGUGAUAUCAGAACUUCAACAUGAACUCCUGCUUCUUCAGGAAAGAGUUGAAGACUUGACUUCAACCACAGAACAUCCUAAGGGGCCAAAAGUUAAUAGAAAGACGUACUCAUCAGCCAUGAGAAUGAAAGUAUAUGACUGUAUAAGUAGUAAAGUGUCGACGGCAAAUAUACCAGUAGUCUUACAGAGUAUAGCGAAGCGUGAUGGAAUUGAGCUCAAAACUGUACCCCAAAGAAGCACUGUUGAGUUGAUGGCCCAGGAAUUAGGAGUGAUUUCUCAACUGCAGACGGCUGAAAUGAUAUUGGCUAAUAAUAAUGUGACUUUGGGAUUUGAUGCAACUACCCAGGAAGGUACCCAUGUCAACGAAAUCCAUUUUAGUACCGAACAUGACAGCAUGUCAGCUGCAGUGGAUGAGUUGGCAGGAGGAACAGCAGAAGACUACUGCAAUCAUAUCUGCCAAACUGUAGAUGAUUUGGCCCACACUUAUGUUUUCUUUACUAAAGGGACAAACUUCGAGGAAACUAGGGCAAAAUUGAUUGAGAAGAUAUCAAAUGCGAUGACUGACCAAUGUGCGACCAAUCACGCGGCCGUCCGUCUCGUAAGUAGCGAGUGGGGGAAAACGCUGAACGAGAUCAACUGCCACUUGCACCCCCUGGAUUCGAUUGCGACAGCAUGUAGGUCUGCAUUGAAGAAAGUUGAAGAAACUGAUGGGAAUGUUUAUGGUGGGGACUGUAUGGCAGCAAAUGUCAUACUGUCCUUUAGCAAACUUCGUUACAAGGACGGAAAGGGAGACCCCCAUGGUUUUGUGACUUUUUUGGAUCAGAAGAAACUCCCGAGGGGCAUUCUACCUCGUUACAGGGGCAAUCGAUUUCACGUGUUAUUUCACAGUGCUGGUGUACUUAUUGAGCACUAUGAGGUAUUUUUGGAGUUGUUGAAAGAUGGCACAACCCUAGACCGUAACUUGAGAGAGAGCCUUUGCAAGGAUUUUUCAAGUGAAAUAGCUCAAGUGGAACUUCAGGUCCUAGGAAUCAUUGGGAAGCACCUGACAGGUCCCUGGAUGACUAAAUUGUACACCCCAGUGGUUUCUGGGAUAAGUCAUGUUGAUGGCAUAGAACUGGUCAAGCAGGCCACUCAGAGACUCAAGGAGAUGUUGCAGGACCCUCUUCAGAUUCUGUCAUCCACGGAGGAUUUUUUUGGGCAAGAGAUUGUGUUGGGCAAUACAUUAGCGAAGUUGAGGGCAAUGCCUCAUCAUCCCCAAUUUGUUCCCAUGAUGUCUUCUUGUCUUCAGGCAACUAUUGAUGUCCUUGAGCGCCAGUAUGCCAAGUACUUCACGCUAGAAGUGACAGAAAAGCUUCGGGAGGAAACCGCUUCCGUUAGAUGUCACAACAUGGAUUCAGAAGAGUUAAUGGGGAUGUUUAGUGCUUUUCAGAAAAAGGCACCGCGUGCCACGGUCAGUUUUCUCUCUGCCCGGAUGAGAGCCUGCAAGAACAAGACGGUGGAGUACCUGGAGGAGCUAGACGAUGAAAGGAGGGAACUUGUGCUGGAAAAGGCUGUCCGAUGGGGACGAAUCCAAAGAGACAGGAAAAGAGUGACUCGCAGAGAACUGAAAUUGGAGCUGAUUAGGCGGCAGAAAGACAAACGGCAGGAAAGAAAAAACGUUAAAAGAAAGAAAGUUUAGGGGGAGGGGUCCCUUUUUUCUUGACGUAGUAGCGCUGAACUCUCUGCUCUGUGCCUUCUCACUAUACCGUAUGCUGGCUUCGACCUCACUUUGUUCUCCCCCUUUCUUGGGUAUUCGUGUGCUUACUUAUCUACUUAUUGUUGUUUUGUGGUUCUAUGCAAGUACAGUAUGCGCAGUCAUCACAUGUGUAUCUUUGCUUAAACUGUGGAAGAGUCUACCUGUUACAGUCAGAAGUGCCCCGUCUGUCUGUCUUCAAAUCCAGACCGAAGACUUGCGUGUUAACUCAGGAAUUUCACUUUGAAAUGUAAUUCCACUUAGCUGUGUUUGUUUUUCCCACCUCUAGACCAAAGCAGAUUAAAUUAGUUUGUUAUAAAUUACUAAAUUUCUUGUUGUUGAGCAUUGUUUCCCUACAGUCAUACCCGAGAAGGUCGACCAGCCGGCCGGCGGUCGCAGGUGCACCCUAUGCCGACUGAAGACGAAGACCAGCUGCCGUGAUUGACGAGAUGCACCUUGCUGAACUGGGAAAUAAAGCUAGCGUACAGCAAGAAUGCUAUUAUUACUUGUAAACAUAAAAUUCUUAUUUAAUCUAGAAUGCCCAGGGGGGUGAGAAGCCACUGAC